AUGGGGAACGGCAGCGCCGGGGCCGCGCCCUGCAACGGCACCGCGCCACCGCCGCCGCCGGCGGGCGGCCACAACAUCGCCGCCCUGGUGCUGGGCAUCGUCCUCAUCCUGCUCAUCGUGGGCGGCAACGGGCUGGUGUGCCUCAGCGUCUGCACCGAGCGGGCGCUGAAGACCACCACCAACUACUUCAUCGUCAGCCUCGCCGUCGCCGACCUGCUGCUCGCCCUCCUCGUCCUGCCCCUCUACGUCUACUCCGAGUUCCAGGGAGGCGUGUGGUCCCUCAGCACGGUGCUGUGCGAUGCCCUGAUGACCAUGGACGUGAUGCUGUGCACGGCCUCCAUCUUCAACCUCUGUGCUAUCAGUGUGGAUCGGUUUAUUGCUGUUUCAAUCCCACUGAACUACAACCGGCGACAAAUCGACCUGCGGCAGUUGAUCCUUAUAUCCACCACCUGGAUAUUCGCCUUUGCUGUAGCAUCCCCAGUCAUAUUUGGCCUCAACAACGUCCCAAACCGGGACCCCAGCCUGUGUCAGCUGGAGGAUGACAACUACAUCGUGUACUCCUCCAUCUGCUCCUUCUUCAUCCCUUGCCCCGUCAUGCUGGUGCUCUACUGCGCCAUGUUCCAAGGACUCAAGCAUUGGGAAGAAGCCAGGAAGGCCAAGCUAAGGGGCAGCAUCUACGGGGCCAACAGGAAGCUGUAUCACCCCUCAACCUUUAUUGAGAGAGAGCAGACCAGACUGGAGCCAGAGGAGUGCAACCCUUACGCCCGCUCUGCCCACCCUGGGGACUAUGUGAUGAACAAUGGGAUCCAGACUCUCUCCUACCCACACCUCAAGUACCCACACCCAGGACACAGUCGGAAGCGGGCCAAGAUCAACGGCCGGGAGCGGAAGGCCAUGCGGGUGCUGCCUGUCGUUGUCGGUGCUUUCCUCUUCUGCUGGACACCUUUUUUUGUGGUCCACAUUAUGAGGGCUCUCUGCAAGUCCUGCACCAUUCCCACUCAAGUCACCAGCACUGUCACUUGGCUGGGUUACGUCAACAGUGCUCUCAACCCCAUCAUUUAUACCGUUUUCAACGCAGAGUUCAGGAACUUCUUCUGCAAAGUCUUGCACCUCUUCUGCUGA